CCAUCUUCCCUAAACUCUCACAAUAGCCAUUUCAACCAAAAACAAAAACAGCAAUUUAACCCCCAUUAAAACCCUACACAUCAAAGCUCAAGCUUUCAAGCAAAAUCCAAAACUUUCACUACUAUCUAUGCUCACACAUAAACCCCAGAAGUAGAAGAAAUGUUGAGAAGGAGAAUCACUUUAAUACUAUCAUCUUCACUCCAAAAUGUUCAAAUCUAUAACAAACCCAUCAAGAUUUCCCAACCCAUAUUCACGUCUUCCCCAAAGAUUCAAUCUUUGGAAUUUUCUCAACACCCCAUCUCCAGCAUUGCUCCAAAUGGAUCAUUGGGGCGACAGUUUCAGCAUUAUCAGGGUAUGAGGAAAGCCUACAGUCUUCUGAGCUUAAAUGAUUUGCAAGAUAACAAGGGUGCUAGGAAGCAGAAGACCCGGAAAGGAAGAGGUAUCGGGUCGGGUAAGGGGAAGACAGCGGGUCGAGGACAUAAGGGUCAGAAGGCUAGAGGGACCCAUAAGUUUGGUUUUGAAGGUGGGCAGACCCCGCUUCGUCGCCGUUUGCCUAAACGUGGGUUCAAGAACCCGUUCAGUCUCGAAUUUCAGCCAGUUGGGUUGGGAAAGAUUGCAAAGCUGAUAAAUGCAGGGAAGAUUGACUCGUCAGAGUUGAUAACAAUGAAAACUUUAAAGGAUUCUGCGGCAAUAGGGAAGCAAAUAGGAGAUGGAGUCAGGUUGAUGGGGCGUGGAGCUGAACAUAUUCAAUGGCCCAUCCAUCUAGAGGUCUCAAGGGUGACUGUUAGAGCUAAAGCAGCUGUUGAAGCAGCAGGCGGGUCUGUAAGGAGAGUGCAUUACAACAAACUAGGGUUGCGAGCACUACUGAAGCCCGAGUGGUUCGAGAAAAAGGGCAGGUUGCUUCCAAGACCGGCAAGGCCUCCACCGAAACUGAAGGAGAAGGUGGACAGCAUUGGGCGGUUGCCUGCCCCAACCAAGCCAAUUCCUUUUGCAGCUGAAGAAACGGAGGCAAUGUCCGCUGCCCCAGCUUGAUAGUGGGCUACAUAACCUCCAGCUUGAUAGUUGACUAGCUUUCAUCAUAUUUUAUAGAUUAAGGUUUAAAUGCAACAGUUUUUCGGUUUGAUGUAACGUGUCCUACCAGGUUGGGCCCUUGCCUUGAUCAUUCCCUAAUUUGCCAUAGAUAUUCAGAAAUAAAAACUUCUAUCUGUUGGUGAAGUUUUCAGUGACUUAAAUAUAUACUCAAGGAGUAAGUUUCACAAGCA